AUGAAAUCACUUUCCUUCAUCAUUGCGUCGGGCCUUCUCGGCCUAGCUGGCGCUGAAUCUGUCGGUGUCCUCAAGUCCAAUGGCGUCGCCUUGGGCAGUUGGGAGACUGCCUACAAGAAAGCCUCCGACUUCGUUGAAUCGCUCACCCCGGCCCAGAAACUCUCUUUGAUCACCGGCUUUAGCGUGAACACCACAGAUGGCACCUUCGACGCACUGACCUUCCUUGAUGGAGAGAUGGGACUCCAGAACUACUUCUAUGUGUCUGCAUUUGGCCAGGCUAAUGCCAUCGCCAUGACAUGGGACGAGGAAGCUAUAUACGCGCAGGCUAAGGCCGUUGGCUCGGAAUUCUAUAACAAGGGUGUGCAGGUCUUAUCCGGUCCGACCAGUCAGCCACUGGGAAGAACACCUUGGGGAGGAAGAGGCGUUGAGGGAUUUGGACCCGACCCUUACCUGAAUGGAUUGGUUACUGGAUUGAGCACUAAGGGUUAUGCUGAUGCAGGUGUGAUUCCAGGCGCUAAGCACUUUCUACUAUACGAGCAGGAAACAAACCGCACCGGUGGCGGUGGCGGAAAAGGAGGAGGCGGAGGUCCUGGAGGAGCUCCCCCUGGUAUGUCGACCGGAUCGACAUCAUCCUCCUCUGCUGGAGCUGCGUCAGGAACUCCUCAACCAUCUGGUGGUGCAUCAUCUGGCAGUCCUCCCUCCGGCGGUGGUUCCUCUGGCUCUGGUUCUAGCUCUAAUUCAUCCGCUCCCUACUCCUCUAACACCGACGACAAGACGCUGCAUGAAACCUACCUCUGGCCUUUCUACGACGCCGUCCGGAACGGUAUGGGCGCCGUAAUGUGCGCAAUGAUUAAGGUCAAUGGUACCAUGGCUUGCCAGAACUCCGACCUUCUGAUGAAACAUCUCAAGACGGAGCUUGGAUUCCCUGGUCUCGUCUGGCCAGACGCCAACGCCCAGGACAGCGCGACGCUGUCAGCUUUGAAUGGCGAGGAUUACGGAUCUAGCAGCCUCUGGAGCAAUUCCACUGUCGAAACCCUCCUCUCUAACGGUACCCUGACUCAGGCUCGUUUCAAUGACAUGGCUAUUCGCAACGUCAUCGGAUACUUCCACGUCGGAUUGGACAACGGCAAACAGCCUAGUGCACAGGAUCAAGAUGCGUACGUGGAUGUUCGAGCGAACCACUCAAAGCUGAUCCGUCAGAACGGCGCGAAGUCCAUGGUUCUGCUGAAGAAUAACGGGGGUCUCCCACUCAACAAACCGCGAGUUAUGAGCAUUUUUGGCUCCCACGCUGGCGCAAUCACCGGCGCGCAGUCGUCCUAUCCUUAUUUGAUUACACCCCACAUCGCACUCACCAACAGAGCCGUUACCGAUGGAACCAUGCUGCGCUGGAUCCUGAAUGAUACGUACGCCUCUAGCGGUGGAUCAUCGCUCAUUCCCGAAUCAACCGACAGCACAGCCGUUUCUCCUUCAUACGAGAACUACGCCAGCGGCUCCGACGUCUGCCUGGUCUUCCUGAACGCGCUGUCCGGUGAAGGAGCAGACCGAACAGAACUUUACAACACCGACCAAGACGCCAUGGUCAACACCGUCGCAGACAACUGCAACAACACCGUCGUCGUGCUCAACACCGUCGGACCUAGAUUGGUUGACCAGUGGAUCGAGCAUGAGAAUGUCACCGCUGUUCUCUACGGAUCUCUUCUCGGUCAGGAGUCUGGAAACUCCGUCGCGGAUGUCCUCUACGGCGACGUCAACCCCUCUGGACGUCUGAUCUACUCCAUCGCCAAGAACGAAAGUGAUUACAAUGUCGACUUGUGCUAUACCGCACAGUGCAACUACACUGAAGGCGUCUACCUGGACUACCGCUACUUCGACGCCAACAACAUCACCGCGCGCUACCCCUUCGGUCACGGCCUUUCCUACACCAGCUUCUCUUACUCCAACCUCAACGUCCACGACCCCUCUCCUCUCUCCCAAUACCCAACCGGCACCCACUCCGUCGGCGGCAACACUGAUCUCUGGGACACCGUCGGCAAGGUGUCCGUCACAGUGCAGAACACCGGGUCCGUAGACGGCGCCGAAGUGCCCCAACUAUACCUCGGGUUCCCCAAGGCUGCAGGCCAGCCUGUCCGACAGCUUCGUGGGUUCAAGCGUGUUGACAUCAAGGCCGGAGAAAGCGACAAGGUCACGUUUGGGCUGAGGCGCAGGGAUCUUUCGUACUGGGAUACGAAGGCGCAGAAGUGGGCUGUUGCGCAGGGCGAGUAUAAGGUGUUUGUCGGCGCUAGCUCCAGGGAUCUUAAGGUUAAGGGACGCUUUAGUGUGAGGGAUAAGCCUAUGCUUUAA